AGAGAGGAGAGAGACUUCAGUUGCCUUUUUAUCUGCAGAGGAAGAGGGAGUUAGUAGAUGCUCGAUAGAUAGGGAGGUAGCGCGGUGGGAGAAGGGGAACGAAGUGAUUUGCAGUCAAGCUCAGCUGCUGAUGCUACAAGCUGGAGGCUCACUGACUGCUAUAGGAAGCUGGAGUAGCAACAUCACAGUACAGCACACACACACUCUCCGGACGGACAGACCGCGGAACCAGAGACGCACAGACAUAUACACGCUGAGUGAGGAACAGGUUUGCGAAUGUGGAUGGACCACCAGUCAAGUUCCAGUCCUGGGUGUCUGGUGCACUGAUCCAGCCACAGUGGUGCGGAGGUAGAGCGGGGGCAUGGCGGCCGGUCCAGGCAUGGGGUGGCCUGGCCUGCUCCUGCUGCUGAUGACUACUGUGGCCUCCACUCAGAGCCAAGGCUGUCCCCAGCGCUGUGAGUGCAUGGCCAAGCUCAAGUCUGUGGCCUGCCAAGGCAAGCGCCUGUCUGCCCUCCCCGACAGCAUCUCCUCGGACACACGCCUGCUGGACAUGAGUGGGAACAUGCUUCGCUGGGUGGAGCAUGGCGACCUCCUCUCCUACCCUCGGCUGGAGGAGCUAGACCUGAGUGAGAACAUCAUCAGUGUCCUGGAGCCCAACGCCUUCUCUAGCUUGCAGAACCUGAGGGUGUUGUCGCUGAGGGGGAACCAGCUCAAACUGGUCCCCAUGGGCGCCUUCUCACACCUCACAAACCUUACCACACUAGACCUGAGUGGGAACAAGAUCGUCAUCCUGUUGGACUUCACCUUCCAGGACCUAAAGAGCCUGAGGAACCUGGAGGUUGGCGACAACGACCUGGUCUACAUCUCCAACAAGGCAUUCCUGGGCCUGGUGGGUCUGAGGCAGCUCACCAUUGAGAGGUGCAACCUGACCUCCAUCUCCAGCCAGUCUCUGUCCUACCUCCGCAGCCUGGUCACUCUGCGCCUGCGCUACCUCAGCAUCUCCUCCCUGGAGGACCAGAACUUCCGUAAGCUGGGCGGGCUGCGGGGUCUGGAGAUCGACCAUUGGCCCUUCCUGGAACACAUCUCCCCCCAUAGCCUCCAGGGCCUCAACCUGUCUUGGCUGUCCAUCACCAACACUAACAUCACCUCUGUGCCCACAGCCGCCCUACGCAGCCUGGCCCACCUCACCAGCCUCAAUCUCUCCUACAAUCCCAUCUCAGUGCUGGAGUCCUGGGCCCUUAGGGACCUGGUCCGGCUGAAGGAGCUACACCUGGUCAACACCAACCUGAUGACGGUGCAGCCGUACGCCCUUGGCGGCCUUCGGCAGAUCCGCCUGCUUAACCUGUCCACUAACGCCCUGGUAACCCUGGAGGAGGGCGCCUUCCAGUCCGUCAACACCCUGGAGACGCUGCGUGUAGAUGGGAACCCUCUGUCAUGUGACUGCCGCCUGCUUUGGAUCCUCCAGCGCAGGAAGACCCUCAACUUUGAAGGGAAGUCCCCAGUGUGUGCGGGACCCAUGGAGGUGCAGGGCAGGGCCCUCAGCGCCUUCUCAGACUCUGCCCUCUUUGACCACUUUACCUGCCAGAAGCCCAAGAUACGCAACAGGAAGCUGCAGCCUGUGACUGCCAGGGAGGGCCAGGUAGUGUCCUUUGUGUGCCGGGCGGAGGGAGAGCCCACACCUAUCAUCUUCUGGGUAUCUCCCCAGCGCCGUCGGAUCACUACCAAGAGCACUGGACGUGUCAUCGUCCUACCUGAGGGAACGCUGGAGAUCCGCUAUGCCCAGGUGACCGACAGCGGCACCUACAUCUGCAUCGCCAGCAAUGCCGGGGGUAACGCCACCUACUUUGCCACGCUGACCGUGAGCGCGCUGCCUCUGGACGCAGCGCUCAUGGCCAACCGCACAUACUACACAGGUGACCUCAACGAGACCAAUCUGAACGACACCAAGGUCUUCCUCAAGUUCACCUUGGACCUCAAGACAAUCCUGAUAUCCACAGCCAUGGGGUGUUGCUUGUUCCUUGGGGUGGUGGUCUUCUGUUUCCUGAUGCUGUUCGCAUGGAGCCGGGGCCGGGGGCAGCACAAGAAUAACUUCUCAGUAGAGUACUCCUUCAGAAAGGUAGAUGGCCCUGCUGCCAGUGGCGGACAGGGAGGGGCCCGUAAGUUCAACAUGAAGAUGAUUUGAGACAGAAAAUGGGCCGCUCUGUUUACUUGUAGACUUAAACGGGGACAGAAUAACUUCUGACUUUUUGAUACUGAUCCCUGUCAGUUCAGAAAUCAACUCACUAGGUUCAUCCAAGACAGAUUACUAAGACUUUGUUUUUUUAUCUGUAAAUGGCUGUAUCAACAACAAAAAAGUAAAUUGAUUUGGUACAGUCCGAUUUUUCUCAAUUGCUAUUUGUGUAUUGGUCUAUCUUGUGCAGAAGAGUCUGGAUGAUAGUUAAAGAUGUCCCAAAAUCCUAUUGACAUGACCCCUGCACAGCUCCACUGGUCUCUCUGCAGUGCACCCUCCCUCCUCACUCAUGAAUACAUAAUCACAGGGUGCUCGCUGAAUGCCAAUACUCGUUUAAACAGAUGAUAUUAUUUGUUUUCCCAUAGGAGGACCAGCGACCACUAUACCACACAGGUAGGGAUCUUGCAUACAGUAGAUAGCUGACAUUGAUACUCAACAGUAGUCUAUACUGUAUACUACACUGCCAAGCUAUAACCAUGGGCACCGUACUGUAGGACUUCUAAUGCAAACUACGUUACAGGAUACUUCCAACCUCAUCUGUUAUUCAAAAGCAUGAAAUGCUGCUACACAUUUGACUAGUUCAUUUUUUCAAAUGGAUUUGUUAUGUAAAGUACCAUGAAUGACAAAGUGAAAAAUAUAGAAACCUUGUGUACAGGUGAGUGAUCACUCACACAAUUUCCUAUGGGUUCAGAUAUCCUCGUUCUGGUGUAUUCAGUGAAUAGUAUACACCUGCCCUCAGACUGCACCCCCUCUGACAUGUGAAAAGGUGUACAAAAUGUUUUGUAUAUACUGUAUGGUUGUUGUUGGGUAUACAGAUUUGUUGUCUCAUUUUCUGAAUAACUUGCUAUAUAAUCUUUGUUAAUUCGUCAUUGUCUGAUGACUUCAUCCAAAGACAAGUGUUCAUACUGUAUCGAUUGAUAGACAUAUACAUCAGAGGUCAUACAUUUUGUCAUCUUUAAAAGCUAUUGUGGUUGUUCAUAUUGUGGCAGAUUUUAUGUGGAUUAGUCUAAGUCUAAUUAUCCUAACUGGUAAUAGCCAGUAAUUUAAUUCAUAGCCGACACAUAUUGCCUGGCGCAGAGAUUCGCCCUUUCUGUGCUCUCCAAAUAACUUAGGAAGGACAAGCGUGCAGUGUAUCAGAUCAGUUUCCUAUUUUGUGGAAGCAGUGGGAAGCUUGGUGACCAGCAGUGACAGUGUUUCUCAUCAGGACCCAGUCUCAGAUAUGCAGGAAAAUGCUAAUGUAACAGAGACCUUGGAUGCUAGAAGAGAGGUCACAAUGGAACAGAGCCAGGAUGUGCUAGAGGGCAUUCAUUGCCCAAAUCACAAGGCUGACAUCAUUUGCUUUCUGCAGAUAAAUUAGAAUAGGAUCAGAAACUAAGCGAAGAUUACGCUGUUCUUAAAAUAUUUGUAAAAUGUGAAUUUGAUUAUAACAGCAGUACAUUGUAUCUUUUGGAAGAGCAGUUAUUGCUAAGGUUUUGUAAACUUGCUAAUGGCAAAAAUUAUUUAAUCAUCAUCCCUCUGCACUUUGUGCAGGUGCCUGGCACAUAUUUAUUAUUCUCGAUCUGCAGCACAGGAGAAAAUGCAUUUAAAUUCCCAAAAUACACUGAGUGAACAAAAUAGGAACACCUUCCUAAUAUUGAGUUGCUCCUUCAUCUACACUGAUUGAAGUGGGUU